AUGUUUUUUCAUUUCUUACAUCUUUCUUUAUCUUUCUUCCUUAUUAGUUUUUCUUUUCUUUUUUUUCUUCCUCAAAUGUCAUUCAUUUAUUUUCUUUCUUUUUAUAAAAAUUUUUCAUUCUUACAUCUUUCUUUAUCUUUCUUCCUUAUUAGUUUUUCUUUUCUUUUUCUUUCCUCAAAUGUCAUUCAUUCAUUUCAUAUUUUCUUUCUUUUUAUAAAUAUUUUCAUUCUUACAUCUUUCUUUAUCUUUCUUCCAUAUUAUUUUCUUUUUUCUUUUCUUCCUCAAAUGUCAUUCAUUCAUUCAUAUUUUCUCUUUCUUUUUAUAAAAUAUUUUCAUUCAUACAUCUUUUCUUUUAUCUUUCUUCCUUAUUGUUUUCUUUUCUUUUUUUCUUCCUCAAAUUUUUUUCUUUUUCUUUUUUUCUUCCUCAAAUGUCAUUCAUUCAUAUUUUCUUUCUUUUAUAAAAUGUUUUUCAUUCUACAUCUUUCUUAUCUUUCUUCCUUUAUUAGUUUUUUCUUUUCUUUUUCUUCCUCAAAUGUCAUUCAUUCGUUAUUUUUCUUUCUUUUUUAUAAAAUAUUUUUCAUUCUUACAUCUUUCUUUUAUCUUUCUUCCUUAAUAGUUUUUUCUUUUCUUUUUUUUCUUCCUCAAAUUUUUUCUUUUCUUUUUUUUCUUCCUCAAAUGUCAUUCAUUCAUAUUUUCUUUCUUUUUAUAAAAUGUUUUUCAUUCUUACAUCUUUCUUUAUCUUUCUUCCAUAUUAGUUUUUCUUUUCUUUUUUUCUUCCUCAAAUGUCAUUCAUUCAUUCAUAUUUUCUUUCUUUUUAUAAAAUGUUUUUCAUUCUUACAUCUUUCUUUAUCUUUCUUCCUUAUUAGUUUUUCUUUUCUUUUUUUUCUUCCUCAAAUGUCAUUCAUUCAUAUUUUCUUUUUUUUUUUAAAAUGUUUUUUCAUUGCAUCUUUCUUUAUCUUUCUUCCAUAUUAG